UUAGCUGAGCUAUUUUUUUUAAUCAUUCCUUAAGGUAGGUGGGCAGUGAAUGGGUUUGGAAGCUUUGCAUUAGUCUCUCUAAUGCAAGUUAUUAUCAGUUUACUGCGUAACAUCUUAACUGAGAUAUGGACACUUCCAGAGAUAUUGGAAAGAUCCAGUCAAAGAAGCAAGAUGAGUAUAUCUCUUUAGAUGGGAAUAGCCUCACAACUGCUGAUUUGGUCAGUUUGGGAAAAGGCCUUUAUAAGAUUAAGCUGAGUGCUGAGGCAGAGGAGCGCGUGAUCAGAGCUAAAGAUGUUAUCGAGAAGAUCAUAUCUGAAAAACAAGUUGUUUAUGGAGUUAACACGGGAUUUGGUAAAUUUGCACGGACCGUCGUGGGGAAAGAUCAACUCAAAGAGCUGCAGGAAAAUCUUGUCCGCUCCACAAGUGCUGGAGUUGGACCCCCACUGAGUCCGGAGAGGACCCGGAUGCUUCUUGCUCUCAGGAUUAAUGUCUUAGCCAAAGGUUAUAGUGGCAUUUCCUUGGAGACUCUUCAGAAAAUGGUGGCAGCCUUUAACGCCUCCUGUCUCUCCUGGGUUCCUGAGCAAGGGACAGUAGGGGCGAGUGGAGACCUGGCCCCUCUAGCUCACCUGGCUCUGGGGCUGAUGGGAGAGGGACGCAUGUGGUCACCACAGACUGGCUGGACUGAUGCCACAACUGUACUAGAAGGACACGGUCUGACUCCAAUAUCACUGAAAGCCAAAGAGGGGCUUUCUCUGAUUAACGGGACUCAGAUGAUAUCAUCACUGGGUGCUGAGGCAGUAGAGAGAGCAGAAGCGAUCACCCGGCAGGCUGAUGUCAUCGCUGCUCUCACUUUAGAGACACUGAAGGGAACCAACAAAGCUUUCGACUUUGAUGUCCAUGCGGUGCGGCCUCACCCGGGUCAGAUUUUAGUCGCCCAGAGAUUUCGCUCGCUGCUUCAUUCUGACUUCUUUCCCUCAGAAAUCACAGAUGAGAAGUCCUAUGAAGGUGUUCAGGAUGCCUAUACCCUGCGAUGCUGCCCUCAGGUACAUGGAGUAGCCAAUGACACGAUUGCUUUUGUGAAGAGUAUUCUCAACACUGAGCUAAACAGUGCCACAGAUAAUCCUCUGGUUUUCGCAGAGAGAGGAAUCACUAUAUCAGCAGGAAACUUCCACGGAGAAUAUCCUGCUAAGGCUCUGGACUUCCUGGCUAUAGGAGUGCAUGAGCUGGCGAGUAUUAGUGAGCGGCGCAUCGAGAGGCUGUGUAAUCCCUCACUCAGUAAUCUCCCUGCCUUCCUGGUGAAAGAAGGAGGAUUAAACACGGGCUUCAUGGUGGUCCACUGCACUGCUGCUGCCCUGGUGUCGGAGAAUAAGGUUCUGUGCCACCCGGCCUCUGUGGACUCUCUGUCCACCAGUGCAGCUACAGAGGACCAUGUGUCUAUGGGGGGCUGGGCAGCCAGAAAGGCCCUGAAGGUGGUCGAGCAUGUGGAGCAGGUCCUUGCCAUUGAGUUACUCGCCGCCUGCCAGGCUCUGGAGUUCCACCGGCCCUUAAAGACCACAGCUCCUCUGGAGAAGGUCUACGAGCUGCUGCGCUCUGUAGUCAGUCCAGGAUUGGGGGUAGAAAACAUUGUCAUUUUUGGCUUGUGCUGUCACUCUAAGCAAUUUCCCAUCAGGCCCUGGGACAAAGACCGUGUUAUGAGCUCUGAUAUUGAAGCAGCUCACCAGCUCCUCCUAGAGGAAAAGGUGUGGGAGACAGUGGGACCAUAUAUGGACCAGUACAACCAUCAUCUCUCUUCUGAAUUGCUUUUGUAAUAAAACAAUCAGAAUAAAAUUUACCUCAGAAGCAUACAACAAAUUUGUUGAGCCUUUUUAUUUUUUUUAAUUUUUUU